UGUUUUUGACAUUCCAGUUGAUCAGUGCCAGCCGAACGGUCGGUAGAAAGAAGCGCGACGCGAUCCCAGAGAAAUUGAAGCCACUGCAAGUGCGAGUGUGUGUGCGUGCCCUGCAUAGACUUAAAAUAUAUAAAAAUGAAAGCUUUCAUCGUCGCCGGUGUGUGUGUUUUAAGCCUGCUUAGCCUCGGCUCGGCCCAGUUCCAGAAUGGGCGAUUGGAGCCACCAAACCCGCAGCUCUGCGCCCAGCGUAUUAUCCACGAGAAGACACCCGAUGGCAAAGGAUACUUUUUCUCGUGGCGCGACCCUCAACUGAAGGGCGUGGAGGAGGACUGGCUGACCGCUAGGAACUACUGCCGUAGGCGGUGCAUGGACUCUGUCUCCCUGGAGACCAGCCUGGAGAACGAGUGGAUCAAGCAGCGCGUUGUUGGCGAGAAUGUGAAAUAUAUCUGGACCAGUGGCCGCUUGUGUGACUUCAAGGGCUGCGAUCGCCCAGACCUCCAGCCCACCAACGUCAACGGUUGGUUCUGGACCGCCACCCUCCAGAAACUGGCCCCAACCACGGAGCGCUCCCAGGGUGACUGGUCUCCCACCGGUGGAAUCGGCCUGCCUCAGCCUGACAACCGUGAAUUCAAGCAGAACGGUGCCCCCGAAAACUGCCUGGCCCUGCUGAACCAGUUCUACAACGACGGUGUCAACUGGCACGAUGUAGCCUGCCACCACAAGAAGUCCUUCGUCUGCGAGGAGAACGACGCCCUCCUGAAGUACGUCCGCUACACAAAUCCCAACCUGCGCAUUUAAAUAGCCUGGAAACCGGGCGAGUAGAGCAGCGGCUCUCCAACUAAAACCAAAAAUGAUAUUCUCUAAAUGGAAGCAGCGGACGAUGCUCCUGAUGUCCUUGCUAGUUACUUUAUAACGCAAGACUUAUGAUCCCUGUCCUGGUAACACAUUUUCCUUUCACUGUGCUCUAUUCUGUCCCAUCAAAUAGUUUAAUUUUUAAUUUUGUAUUAAUUUAUGAUUUUCCCUAAUUAUAAUAAAACAUCCGAAACGACUUUUAAAAUGUA